AUGGUUCAUGCAGAAUCAGUUGAAGUGGCAGGACGAGGAGGGGUGGGGUUUGGAGGAGGGGAGCGAGAGCGCGCUUUCACUUUGCUGCAGCCGCCGCCGCAGCUGCUGGUUGACGCUUCCGUGGGAAGGUUUGAGGGAGGACAAGCGGAGGUGAAGGAGCAAUGGGGCGAAAGGGACAGGCAGGGAGCGGGGGAAAGGGUUGGGGCGGAGGAGGGGCUAUUGGCGAGGAAUGUGCCUGGUUCUGCCUGUCAAGAGAUUUCUGAGGCGCUUCAAAGGGUUGGGGCGGAGGAGGGGCUAUUGGCGAGGAAUGUGCCUGGAUCUGUCUGUCAGGAAAUUCCUGAGGCGCCUCAAAGGGUUGGGGCGGAGGAAGCGGAUGGAGCAGAGGAAGCGGAUGGAGCAGAGGAAAGAGCGGAAGGGGAGGAAGCGGAUGGGGCAAAGGAAAUAGCUGAAGGGGGGGAAGCGGAUGAAGCAGAGGAAAAGGCUGGUGGCCAGUCUCUAGAGUACAUGUCACCAUCGCACCCUUCCUCCUGCUCCACACUCCCCCUCACUCACUCCCCUCCCUUAGCCGCCACUGCCACCACCACCACCACCACCACAGCAUCCGUCCUCCCUGGCCCAUCCCCGUCCCAGUCUCCCACCCCUUCUGCACAUCCUUCCCUUUUCCCCUUUCCCUUCCCCUUUCCCUUCCCCUUCCAUCUUCCCCCAUUCUCUGCCGAAACCACCCCUUCGUCCUCCAACCAUCCCUCUCGCUUUACCACCCCAGCCCUCCCCCCGCUCCCACACUCCUUCCUCAACACCCCCGCUUCCACCGCCCACUCGUUAAACCGCCCUUUCUCCCUGUACCGCCCAAUAUCGCCCUCAAAUCGCUCUCUAUCCUCCAAAACGCCUUACAGUCCUUCCUCGUCGACCCUUUCUCCCGCCCUGCCUGCACCGCAAAGAGCAGCACAUUCCUCAGCAGGGCGUUUCCAAGCUGCUGCAGCCGCUACAGCCGGGUGCAGGUCGGCAGGCUCCGGCUGUAGCAGCGUUCCUGCCAGUGCUGCUACAGCCGGGUGCAGGUCGGCAGGCUCCGGCUGUAGCAGCGUUCCUGCCAGUGCUGCUACAGCCGGGUGCAGGUCGGCAGGCUCCGGCUGUAGCAGCGUUCCUGCCAGUGCUGCUACAGCUGGGUGGAGGUCGGCAGGGUCGGGCAUGGCAGUGGGCAGCAGCAGGGUGAGCAGCUUCAGCGAGUUUAGCUUGCCUCCGAACGCUCUGGACGAAGAGAGGAACCACGCGGCAUGGCAUGGGGCUCUGAGGCUCAGAGGCGGCAGCAGGUAUGGCACUGUUGGGUGUGCCACUGCUGAGUGUGACACUGCCAGAUGUGACACUGCCAGGUGUAAUUCUGCUGGAUGUGCCCCUUCACAAAACGAGAAAGAAAAUCAGGGUCUGUCGCCAGGGAGGAGAGUUCUGGGCGGGCCCGCAACAGAAGGAGUAAGCUACGGGUGGGGCGUGGGGCUUCUGAGGCUUGACGACGCCCUGAAGCACGGAGGAAGCGAGGAUUCGAGUCAACACGGUGGGGCCAGCUCGAGUGGUGAGGCGUCUCAAGCCUCUAGUUACGGCUGGGGCAGCAAGAGUAGGGGUGGUGGGGAAUUGAGCAAGAGCAAGAGCAGGGGCGGUGGGGAGUUGGGCAAGGGACGAAGGGCACGUGACUUGGGUACAAGCAGCAGCAGGGCUGGUGAGGGGAGGAGCACUGGGGGGAGCAGCAUCGAGGGGAGCAGCUUCGUGGGGAGCAGAAACAAUCUUCUUGCGAUGCUGGUCUCGCUACAGCAGUCUCGCAGUCAGCAGGAUUGUGAAGCCCGUCGACACGAGAGCAGGCUUGUGGAGGGCUCGAUUGGGAGAAGGAAGGGGAGCAGCCGGGUGAGAAGCAAGCGAAGUCGGGGGGAACGGUCAGUGAGGAGUAAGGGGUUAGUUGGACUGAUUGAGGGAGAGGAGGGAGAGGAAGUGGAGGAGCGAGAGGAGGGGAACGGGGGGAGACAGUGGGGGAUGGGGAAGGAAGAGGAGGAAAAAGGGGGGUGUAAGGAUCUUCAUAGCCUGGUGCACGAAUGGCUGGAGAUGGAAGGAGAGGCUGAGCUGGCAAGCGGUGAUUCGCCGAUUCUGGACAUAAUAACGCUCACAGCGUUACUGGGGGCUGCUGGGGUUGGAUUGUCGUCUAGUCGGGAGAAAUGGGAAGAGAGGCAGAUGGGCUUAGAGUCUACGGGAGGAGGUCUGCUGGUAGGGCACAAGCGGAAAAGAAACGGCCUGACACUGCCCCACCAGCACGGCACGGUGAGAAACACCCUUCUCUUCCACAACACCCGGCACACCACCCAUCACCUUGCCGUGUCACUUGCGACAGCUCCGGCUGCUGUGUCUGAGGGCCUGGGAAGCGAGGGCAGGGAGGAGGAGGAGUUUGCUCACCAGUCUCCCUGGUUGCGUGAGAGGGGGUCAAGUGAAGACGGUUUGGUUCUGCUGCCCCUGGCUAUGGCACGGGGGGGAUGUGAAGCUGGGCGUAUGAACGCCGCCGGCGCUGCUCCUUUGGAAACAUCUCCAAUGCAGACUCAGAGUCCUUUCUUUGAAGCGCUGCAGCAGCUGCCCCUGGCCAUGGCGAGGGAGGGAUGUGAGGUUGCGGUUGGUGUGGACUCCGGUGCUGCUCGGUUGGGAACAUCUCAGCAGCUGCUGCCCCUGUCCAUGGCGCGGGGAGGACGUGAAGUUGGGCCUGUGAACGGCUGCGUUUCUCCUCAUGAGAUGUUUCAAAGGCAGGGUGAAACGUUUGAGGGGUCCUUUGAGUCGACUCAAGAGGGGUUUGCAAGCCCUGCUGACUAUGAAGCAGCAGUAGUAGUGGCAGUGGCAGCUGAGUUCACUGCAGGCUAUGCAGCGGCAGAGGUUGAUUCUGAACAGGGGCCCUUCGAGUCGACUCAAGAGGGGUUUGCUAGCCCUGCUGACUGUGCUGCUGCCUCGGAAUUGUUUGAUUUAGCUCGGGAGGGGUUUGCAAGCCCUGCUGACUUUGCUUCUGCCGAAGAUUUGUCUGAUUCGGCUCGGGAGGGGUUUGAAAGCCCGUUCAGCAGCGAACAAGUAUUCUUUGAGGCGUCUGAGAAGGAUUGCGAGUGUGCCGACGAUGAUAAUAACGAGAAAGAGGUGCUGUUAGAUCAAUCGACUGUCCUCUGUCCAGAGGUUUUUGCUUUUGAGGGUGCUGAUGAUGCUGGAAGCGAUGGAAGGGAGAGAGCAGGAGGAGGGGUCGUAGAAGGGAGUGAAGCAGGAAAGGGAGAUGAGUUUGCGGUAAGAAGGUUUGAGACGUCUCAGAACUGUAUAUAUACCAACGGCGAUGGAGAAAUGGAGUUUCCAUGUUCGGAUAUGAGAGGGAAGGAGGAGAAAGGGGAAGAUGAGAAGGAAAGGGAGAGGACGGAGUGGAGAGAGGAGGAGAAUGAAAUGAUGGGGAUGGGCGUGGACGAAAUAGAGAAGUCCGGGUUGAGUGUGGGGGAUGCAGCGGAUGGAGAGGAUAUGGUGGGCACGAGGGAUAUGAUGGAGAGGGUGGGACUGGUGGACAUGCUUUUUAGGCGAAUACGGACCCAGUUGGGCAGGCAAGGAGUGGGGGAGGGAUUGGGGGAGGAAGUGGGGAUGGAAGUGGGGAAAGGGGAGGAGGAGAGGGAGGAAGUGGGGGAGAAAGUGGGGGAGGAAGUGGGGAGACGGGAGGAGGAGAGGAUGGAAGUGGGGAGAGGGGAAGAGGAGAGGGAGGAGGUGGUAAGAAGAGAAGCAGAGAAGGAGGAAGAGGGGAGAAGGGAUAUCGAGAGGGAGGAAGUGGGGAGAGGGGAGAUAGAGAGGGAGGAGAGGAGAGAGGAAGUGAGGAGAGAGCAUCUGCAGAGUGAGAGAGAGCAGAGAGAGGAGUGUGAAGUGGAGGAAUCAACGAGCGGAGGGAAGCAGGUGUGGGAGGAGGAGGAGGAGAGGGUGGAGAGGUUAGAGCAACUGCUGCGGCGAAUCAAGGCAAGGCUCGUUCUCGUCAACUCCUCUGCUGCUGCUGCUGCUGCUCCUGGAUCAUCUGAGUCGACUGCUGUCAACGCAGCUGCUGCUGCGCCUACUGUAACAGCUGCUGCUGUCCGUUCGACUCUGGAGCCACCGCAUACGGAGACACGAGUGGUACCUUCUGACUGGACUCAAAAGGCGACACCGCAAACGGAAAUCGAGGUAGCAAUCUCUGAAUCGACUCAAGAUGCAGCACUGCGUGAGGAGACAGGAGGAGACUUGCUGUCCGAAACUGUUCAAGAUUCGCCUGCGUUGGUCAACUCAGCAGCAGUCGUAUCCUCCCCACCACACUCACCCAACUCCCCCCCACCACUUACCCCCCUGGAAGCACACCCCUCUUACCCCUCGUUAGAAGCACAUCCCAUUCUGCCAGAAGAUUCUUCCCUUGUUGGAACCGCAUCCCAAGCUCUUUCAGACGCCAUCUCCAUCUCUCCUGAAUUAUCUUCCGCCCUCCACUCCCCCUCCUCCGAUCUCCACUCCCCCUCGUUAGAGUCACAUUCCCCCUCGUUAGUGUCACACCCCUCCCUGCCAGCAGAUGUUUCCCUCACAGCAGCCACAUCGCAGGCUCUUUCAAUCGCCGUCUCCAUCUCUCCCGAUUCGUCCUCUGACCCUCACUCCCCAUCCUCCGCCCUCCAGUCCCCCUCCUUAGUAUCACACGCCUCGUUAGUAUCACACGCCUCCCUGCCAGCAGAUGUUUCCCUCACAGCAGCCACGUCGCAGGCUCUUUCAAACGCCAUUUCCCUCUCUCCUGACUUCUCGGCCAAUCCUCAUUCCCCUUCCUCCGCCCCUCAUUCCCCAUCCUCCGUCCCUCACUCACCUUCCUCCACCCCUUCCUCCUCCGCCCCUCCCUCCCCUUUCUCUGCCCCUCCCUCCCCGUCCUCCGCCCCUCCCUCCCCAUCCUCCGCCUCUGCCCACUCCCCCACCUCCCCGCCCCCUCAGUCCCUCUCCUUCCCCUCCACCCCUUUCUCCCCAUCCACCUGCGCCUCCUCCUCCUGCCUCUCCCUCCCCCUCUCCCGCCUCCGCUCCUUCUCUCCUCCUCGCACCCACUCUGUCCAAACCAACUCUGACCAAGCCAGUGUAUUCGGCCGCUCCUCUUCCCAUACUCGCUACUCCCACACUCACUCCUCCCAUACGCACUACUCCCACACUCACUCCUCCCAUACGCACUACUCCCACACUCACUAUUCAACCCACCACACUCACUUCUCUUCUCACACUCCCUACUCCUCUCACGCCCUUCACUCCUCCCAGGUCCAGGCCCCAUCACGCACUCUCUCCUACCCAUCUGCAGCCACUCAUAUCUCCUCCCACCGCUCCCCACCUUCCUUCACCACAAUCAGCACAGCACCACUCUUGUUCCCUGUUGUGAGUGGUGAGGAAGCAGCACCUGAAGAAGCAGCACCUGAAGAGGCAGCACCUGAAGCAGCAGAACCUGAAGCAGCAGAACCGGGAGAAGCACCUGAAGAAACACCUGAAGGAGGAAUCGAGGCACCACCAGAAGCUCCACCAGCACCUGAAGCAUCACCUGAAACGUCUCACGAAGAUGCUGGUGUCUCAGCAAGUGAUCAGGAGGAGGAGAGCGAGUUUUCAAUAUCCUUUUUGGGAACGACGGGGGAGGAGAAGAAGAUAGUGGAAAGCAGAGAGGAGUGCGAAGGGGUUACUACCAUUGCUGACAGUGACUCUGUUCCCUCCCCUCUUACUGCAUCAUACGCUGCCACUGCAGUUACCACGGCACAGCCUGACAAUCAGUCUGACGUCCUACCUGAAAAGCAACCUGACGGCCCACCUGAAAUACUACCUGAGCCUGAUCCCCUUCCUGUCAACACCACCCUUUCCACCCCACCACUUCGUCCUGCAUCUCCUGCUCUCAAAUCCUCACUCUUUGCUUUCACCCGGAAUUCACCUAGACAGUCCUCCCCACCUGCUGCUAAGAUUCGACCACCCUCGCCCCGCCGUCUCCUCUCCUCCCUGCACAAGAUGCUCAGCCCAGGUGCCGGCUCAGGUGGAAUUUCAGGUGAAUCUCGCGAAGCGCCUGCACUGGCUGUAGCAGGAAGUGAUUCUUCAGGUGUUAUGCCGAGGGAUCAGGUGGGAGUUGCAGCAGAGCCAAUCCAAUCUCCAGUUGCAGCAGCAGCUACAGCUACUUCAGUGGUGGAUGUAGCAGGGCUUUCCCCUGCAUUGGCUGUAGCAGGAGCAACCUCGGCUGUAGCAGGGCUUUCCCCUGCAUUGGCUGUAGCAGGGCUUUCCCCCACACUGGCUGUAGCAGGCGGCUCCCAUGUGACAACUGCAGCAGGAAUUCCAUCUGCACCGGCUGUAGCGGAAUCUACUAAUGCAGCACCUGUAGCAGAGCUUUUCCCUAGUGUGGCUGUAGCAGGGGAGCUUUCCCAAGAAACAUGUUGCGAGGAUGUAGCACCAGAUUCCCCUGCACAAUCUGAGACCUGUGGGCUGGCUGUAGCAGAGGAUUCUCUUCCAACACUCGUAGCCCUUUGCGAGUAUGCAGCAGCAGAUUUCCCUGCAAGAGGUGAGACCUGUGGGCCGCCUGUAGCAGAGGAUUCUCUUCCAACAGCUGUUUUCCCUUCCCAGGAUGUAGCAGCAGACGUUGCUGCAAAUAUUAUCGAGACAGAUGGGCCGGCUGUAGCAGAGGAAAUCCCCCCUGCAGCUGUAACCUCUUGCAGGGAUGUAGCAGCGGGUUUCCCUGCAGAGUUUGAGACCGAUGGGCCGGCUGUAGCAGUAUCAUUGGAGAUAGAAGAAGGGACAACUGUUGAGGAGGAGGGAGGUGAAGGGGAGAGAAGUGAAGAGGAGGUAAAGGGGGAAAGCGAGGAGGAAGAUGAGGAGAGGCCGGAUGGGCAGGAGGAGGAGGGGGGAGAAGGGGAGAAGGGAGGGGAGGAAAAUGUGAAAGUAGAGGUUGGGGGAGCAAGCUUUUUGGAGGAAGUGAAGGAGGAGGAGAAGGAGGAGGAUGAGAAGAAGUGUGAGAGAAACGAUGCGGAAGAGGAGAGUGCAGAGAGAAUGGCACGGUGUGAGUGGGCAAGGCUGCAGGAAAGCACAGCGCCAGCUGAAGGAGAGGAAGAAAGAGAAGAAUCAGGUGGUGAGGAGGAGAGUGGUUUCGAUUUCGGUGAUGCAGGAACAUUGGAAUGUCAAGCAAAGGAUGGUGUACCAGUCCUUUUAGAGAGAAGCAAUGCAAACACAAGAUCAGCAGCAUCAGGCGUUUCAGAAAGAACAGUCACACCACCUCUAUCCUCGUGCCUCUCCCCUCAGCCUUCCACCUCCCCCUCCUCCUCCACACUUUCCCUUUCUCUCACUCUCGCCCUUGCUUCUCCUGACCCACCUCCGUCCCUCGUCACCCCCACACCACCACCCCUCUCCCUCACCCGCUCCCCCACCCCACCUCCUUCUCUCACAAUCUCCCCUGCUCUAGCUGCCCACGUGGCCACUCAACACAGCCUGCACAGCCCCUCACCACCACCACCCUCCCUCGCCACUCCCUCACUCACCCUCUCCCCUGCCCUGCCCACUUCCCUCCCCCUCUCUCCUGCGCCUGCCACCCGCGUGACCAUUCAACACAGCCUGCACAGCCCCUCACCACCACCUCCCUCCCUCGUCACCUCCACCACACCACCACCCCCCUCACUCGCCCUCACCCCCAGAUCACAACCCCCCUCCCUCCCCCUCUCCCCCGCCCUAGCUGCCCGCGUGGCAACCCAACACAGCCUGCACAACACUUCACCACCACCACCACCCUCCUCUCUCCCCCUUUCACCCGCCCUAGCCGCCCGUGUGGCCACGCAGCACAGCCUGCACAGCCUGCAGAACCUCCGGAACCGGCUGCAGCAGCAGCGAAUGGCGAUGCGCCAGCUGGCGGAGGAGACAAGCAGGCUGCGGGGGUGGCUGGGGUGUGCUGCUAACGGGGGGAGCAAUGGCACUGUGAUGCUGACUCGCCAAGUGGUGCUGACUCACCAAGUGGUGCUGACUCAAGAGCUGACACUGACUCGCCAAUCAAUGCUUACUCGCCAAGUGGCGCUGACGCUGACUGGCCACGUGGUGCUGACUCGCCAACUGCAGCUGACUCACCAAGUGGUGCUGAAUCACCAAGUGAUGCUCAUGCUGCAGUGGGAGAGGAAGCUGAAAGGAAUGAAGCCGAUGGAGAUUCAGGGGUCGUAG